GCUGUGGCCUCUCUGCCGGGCGGCGCCGCUCCGCCUCCGGUCAGCUGAGCGCGCGGUUCCGGCGGGGCGCGCGGCGCGAUGCGGAUCGAGAAGUGCUACUUCUGCUCGGGGCCCAUCUACCCGGGGCACGGCGUCAUGUUCGUGCGCAACGACUGCAAGAUAUUUAGAUUCUGCAAAUCAAAGUGCCACAGAAACUUUAAAAGGAAGCGAAAUCCCAGAAAGAUGAGGUGGACCAAAGCAUUCCGGAAGGCAGCUGGCAAAGAACUGACAGUGGAUAAUUCAUUUGAGUUUGAAAAACGUAGGAAUGAACCAGUGAAAUACCAGAGAGAGUUAUGGAACAAGACUGUUGAUGCAAUGAAGAGAGUGGAGGAAAUAAAGCAAAAACGUCAAGCUAGAUUUAUUAUGAACAGAUUAAAGAAGAGCAAAGAGUUGCAGAAGGCAGAAGACAUCAAAGAAGUCAAACAGAAUAUCCACCUUCUUCGUGCUCCACAUGCAGGCACACCAAAACAGCUGGAGGACAAAAUGGUGCAGCAGCUACAAGAGGAUGUGGCUAUGGAAGAAGACUCUUAAAAGACUUUUAUUUUCUAUUUAUAUCUCUACAGCAGUUAACAGUUCUUUAUUGCCUCUCAUAGUAUCAUUCAAAACUAUCCUUCUGGUUGAAGAAAAACACUUUUUAGUGAGUAGCUGGAAUUUGCAGUUUGGUUUUAUAAAAAAAAAUUGUAAGAGGGAUGCCUUUUUGGGCAGUGCUUGCAGUUCUGUAACUUGAGAACAUAUCAGCAGGAUGGAGAAUAAAGCAUAUUGUUUGAGAUACUGUGUGCUCCUUGGAAAGUUACACUUUCUGCAUAACUUUUCCAUGAUAAUUCCAGGAAUAAAAGAUGUUGGCCCUGA